UAGUACGCAGGCUGACACCUUCAAAAAGAGGACUUGUACCCAUUAAGCACAGCCUGAGUUACACAAGGGCACGCAAAACCGUGUAAUUACUCAAUCGAAAAGGAGGAAUUGUGCACGCAACAGAGUUUAUAUACCCUGUUGAGUGAGCAUUAACAAAGGGAUAUGCUUAAGCGCUUAUGGCGCAGCGUUUCGUUAGAUAACGAAAAGAAAUGUCACUUCAUGGCAGCCGACUCAAAUAAAUUGCGGCCUUUUGUAUGCAUCAGGUCCUCACUUAUGGAUUCUGCCGAGUAACCAACGUAAACGUAUCAAAGGGUACUAUAGUAAAGUGCAGAAAAGGACCUUCCCCCCCUUAUAAGUAAUGAUAAAUAAAAGUGCCAGUUUUGAGCGACUCAUCGUGUAAAAAAAAUUCCACAAUUUGCACAGUGCAUUUUCGUUCACCAUUUUCGGUACCCUGUUUUGAUCGGGGCAAUCCAGUAAUUUAAUUUGAAUGCGCUAAGAUGGCGUUCAAGGGACUUUUUAUGUAUACUGGCUGCUUCUUCUUGAACCUCAGACCAUAAUAGAUCAACGGUAUUUAAAUCUUGUAUGCACUGUUCAAACCGUUUUCAUUAUGCUAUCCGAAUGCGGCUUUUCAGUUUGCCUAUCACCGGUCAUCAGUACUUUUGUCGAACCUGUGGUCACUGAGCCAUGGACCUAACUCGCCAGGAAUGUGUCAGAGAUUGUCCAGGUUUUCAAGAAGCCUGAGGGACUGAUGUGUGCUUACAUUUAUUGUGAUAACUAAGCUAAUAUGGCUUGUGCAAAUGGAAUGAAUGAAGAUAUAGUUUCUCAGACAGGAGAGGAGCUUACUGGUGAUAAUGCAGUCUCGCCAUCGAUAUCUUGUCACACUAGGACCCAAGAGGACCAAGUGCAUUUAAAGCCACUUUCUACUGCAGUGACUGAUUCACUGGACUGUGUACCAUCAACUUCCGGAUCAUCAGACAGAUUGUUACAGCACUUGGAACUCCUGGCAGAAAGUGUGCCCUUACGAGAGGCUCCUCUAUCUCCUGCUAGAGCAAGUUUGUCAGUUGAGAAAUCUUUACACAUGUAUUACUCUAUGAAGCGUACAGAGACAUUUAGUACCUUGUAUGAUUUUGAUUGUAGUUCAUCAACCACAUCAAGUUCAUCUGAGAAACUUCUUCAACGACUGGAAGAGCUGUCUGAAAAUAUUCCUCCUGGAUCUUUUCUUACCUCACCUGACCACUCAUCUAUAGGAAAACCAUUGUUAAAAACAACUGAUGGCUCAUGUACAACUUAUGAUUUUGAGGGUAGUUCAUCUGCCUCCUCAACAACUUCCGAAAAGGUUUCAAAACGUCUGGAAACGCUGCCUAGAGUAGCUGUUGGUUCUGCACGAAGACUGUCUCCAGGGCAUUCCAUUUGUCCUGUUGCAUCAGCUGAGAAAUCCAAUCAACUCAAGAGAAGUGUUCCAUCCCCAUUAAAGCCUUUGAAUCGAUUAGCUCCAAGGUUGAAGCGCCGUAGCUUGGGCUCUGGUCGAUUGGACUACAUCAUGGGAGAUAAACUGAACCAAGUUUCCUCAUCUAGUGGUGUUGUGUACAUCCAUAGCCAACAGCUUCUUAGACUCAGUGACACUCUGCUAAAAGUUCCAAAGAGAGCAGGAAUGGUGCAUAGUCUUCUUGAGGCAUACGGGCUCGUGCAAAAUAUGACAGUUGUUCCUCCUCAUCAUACAACAAAGGAAGAUCUGACUGUGUUUCAUUCUCAAGAUUUUAUUGACUGUUUGGAGCGAUUGAACCAAGAAGAUGACAGUGAAAAGAAUGAAGAACUCAAGCAGCAGUUUGGACUGGGCUAUGAUUGUCCGACAAUUCCCCAUGUGUUUGAUUUUGUCUGCUUAGCAGCAGGAGCUACAUUAAGAGCAGCACAGGCUUUGGUUCAAGAAGAGAGUAAGAUCGCUAUUAACUGGUGUGGAGGAUGGCAUCAUGCUAAAAGGGAUGAAGCUUGCGGUUUCUGCUAUGUCAAUGAUGUAGUUCUUGGUAUUCUUAAACUCAGGGAGAAGUUUGAUCGAGUACUGUAUCUUGACCUUGAUCUUCAUCAUGGAGAUGGUGUGGAGGAUGCAUUUUGCUAUACCCCUAAGGUUCUGACAUGCUCUUUUCACAAGUACUGUCCAGGAUUCUUUCCAGGUACUGGCUUUAUUGAUGAUAUUGGAAUUGGUAAAGGCAAGUUCUAUUCCAUUAAUGUUCCUUUGAAAGAUGGUAUUCAGGAUAACCAGUACUUCAGUCUAUUCUGCAGGAUUGUGGACCAUGUAAAAAGGUGUUAUUGCCCAAGUGCUGUUGUUGUUCAAUGUGGCGCUGACACACUGGCUGAUGAUCCAAUGCAGUCUUUCAAUCUAACAUCAUCAGGCUUAGGUAAAUGCAUCCACCAUGUUACAUCAUGGAAACUACCAACUCUACUACUUGGUGGUGGUGGGUACCGACUUGCUAAUACAGCAAGGUGUUGGGCUAGUCUAACAGCCACAGUCCUUGGUUGUCGAUUACCGUCUGAAAUUCCAGAACAUGAGCAUUUCCUUGAAUAUGGACCAGACUACCAACUUGACAUCUCCCCAACUCAUCGACCAAAUCUCAACACUGAAGAGUAUGUGGAAAACAUCAUUACUACCAUAACAGCCAAUCUGGAGAACAUUGCUGACAGAUAAGAGGCCAUCUAAUGGGAGUAACCAUCGCUUUGCAAUCAUCAGCUACAAGUGCAAGUCCUAACAUAGAAGAUUGCAAAACAUGUACAUACAUAAUAUUGGAAGCCAACAUCCCCUUCUGUUUGAAGCCCAUAAAGUACACAUCUUCUAAAUAACUAAAGGUGUCCUGCCUGUGGUUUGAAAAGGAACUUAGAGUUGAAUCAGAGGAAUUUAUUUUACAUCGUCUGAACAAGGCAUUCUUAGUAUGAAACUGAAACCAUUUUUGGGAUUUUGACCAAAACAAUUUAACCCGAGGUUACAAACUUGUAAUUUGAUUCCUUCCAUUUGCAUAAGGAUUCUGUUUGAUCACAAACUGAACUUGGCCUUGAAGGUCCCACAUUAUUUUGACAUGUGACAUUUCAAUGAGCAGCAUUUUAUUCCUACAGUACGAGUCCUCAAUAAUGUGACAUUGGGGGCCAUUCAUAAUAGUCAAUGUAACAAAAUUAGCCCACAACCUCGUUCCCAGGGACGCCGGUCCAUUUUGGCUCAUGGAUACGAGGAUGCAUACUACUGCUACUACGUGCAUAUCUGAAAACUGUCUCAUAAAAAUGCAAGACACGUACAGAGCUCAAGGAAAGGACAACGAAAAACGAAUAGGUUUUACAGAGUUUCUUACUUUUAUUACGCCUUUUAACAUAAAAGGCAUUCAUGAAUGGGAAUAAAAGAGUGCAGGGUCGUGGGCGUGCGGUAAAGACCCUGGCCUUUGGCUCGGGCCUGUAUCACCACAACCCUUCCAGUUUUAAACAGCAGUCGCUACCCUAUUAUUGCCUUACUUAAAAAUCGAAAUUUGUUGUGGGUUGUGGGUCAAAACAUUUUUGUUUUAAUAACUGAAAUUUUUUUAACAUUGACUAUUAACGAAUUGCCCCUAAUGGCUCCUUUGGUUGCAGAGACAACGUUUAGGAAUAUGACUUUUCAGCAAUUCAAACAUGAACUCAGAAAAAUGUCUGCUUUACUGACUUGUUUUAUCAUCAUUGAAAGCUCAAAUUCCUCAGAAAUUGUUUUGGGUAAUAUGUUGCCUGGUUGCAACGAGACCUUUAAUUGAAACACUGCACACUAAUGAAUGUGUCCAGCUUUGCUCAUGUUGAGGUUGAUCUGUGGAGCUUGCCCCCUGACUUUGAGAUAAAGCAAAACUUGUUUAGUCUUAAAUGAAAAUGCUUGUUCAUAUGUGACUACACCCAUUUCAGACACUAGGCGCUCCAAAAGAACACCAAAACCAAGUGUAACUUGGGCGACUAUAAUUGGUCAAUCCAAACUUAUUGUAUUAAAGCCAUUGGACCCUAAACAGUGUUGUCCAAGGCCCACACUUUGUGUACCACAACUUCUAUAUCAAAUA